ACAUAUUUUGUUACUACGGUAACGAAUUUAUUCGCCGAAAGAUACACAGCUGAAGCAGUUACCGGGCAUUAAAUUUCUGACAUCCUUAUCUAUAUUGUUGAAUUUAUGUAUUGUUCACUUAUUUUUCUUGCGAAAGAAGUUUUGAAUAAAACAACGAUGACAUUAUGAAUGGAAAAGAAUAUGUAAUAUUUAAAUUCUAUACGGAAAAGGAUAAAUAUACAAGUUUGUUACUAUCAUGGUACAAUUAGAAGAUCGGAUGAAGAACGAAGUCCUGGCUACCUGACAAAGUCGGGAAAAGAUGCUAAAAUACCAGACAUGUCUGGUGAUUUUACUUAGUUCCGUUUUCCAAGCAUCUACAAUGAUACAGAAGCUUGAUAUGCCUGGAGGAUUGCAGUCUUAUUUUAAUGGCGCGAAACUGCAGCAUAAUGUGUCUGAUGUGACAGGUGAACAGAUAUUCUGGGAAUGCAUGCAAAGAGUCAUGUGGCAAAUGGCUGAGCAAAUGGGCCACAACGUCACGCGCGAGACACGUGAUUAUUUAGAUCGUCUGCUGCAGAUUGCUGUUGAUUCAAUUGAUACUCAGUUUCCGCGAAUCAGGAAGGAAUAUCGAAUGAUGUCAGACGCUGAACGUGACAGAUUUCAUAAAUCCAUACUUGCAUUAAAAGAAGAUACGACGUUGAAACCCAAUGUAUAUACAGCUAUAGCAGAAUUGCAUGCUGGGGAAGUUAUACCAAUGGCACAUUUUGGGGCUGGUUUUCCCGGAUGGCAUCGUGUCUUUCUACUUAUUUUCGAAACAGCUCUGAGAAUGAAAGACCCGUCAGUGUCUAUACCUUACUGGGCGUCUAACCUGGACAGUGAAAUGGAUGAUCCAACAAUGUCUGUUAUUUGGUCUGACAAAUUCUUUGGCAAUGGCGAUGGGUUUGUCACCACUGGUCCGUUUGCAGAUUUUAAAAUUCACAGUUCCGGUUCUAUACUUACCAGGAAUAUUGGUUCUUCAGGAUCACUUAUGACAAAUAAAGGCAUCCAUGGAAUCUUAUCCCAAAAUCAUACAAGAGAUAUUGUUAGUCCUACGGCGCCUCAGGCUCAUAAUUUAGAGCUACAACAUAAUACUGUUCAUGCAUGGAUGGGUGGAAAUAUGGACGAUCUAAGUACAAGUGCCGAAGAUCCAGUUUUCUUUUUGCAUCAUUCUUUUGUUGACUACCUUUGGGAAGAGUUUCGUACGAAACAAAAAAUGCUUGGCAUUGAUCCUGAAAUUGACUACCCAGUAGAUAAUUGGGGAGAUGAUUCGCAUGCGCCGGAAGCAAUUAUCGGCUUCGGUGACUUGAGAAAUGUGGAUGCAUUGAGUAACGUGUUGGCGAACAUGGUCAAGUAUGACCCUUCGCCAGUGUGUACGCGUUCUCAUCCAACAUGCAUCUCAAAAUAUCUGAAAUGUGACACGUCUAAGUCACAUCCUAUAUGUGUGAGUUUAUCGCGUGAAGAAAUUGAAGGAGACAAAGUUCGAGACAACGAGAUUUGUGUUGAAGCGCACCUAACUCGUGCUGUGCAAAAUACUUUCGCAAUUAAUCAGUACUGUGAUAUGAGGAAAUGGUCUUAUAUUCCAGUAAAAAUUGUGCUGCAGAGACCCCCUGAAUUCACAAACUAUAAGGCAUACCCUGUCUUUAAUAAUAGGCCAGUUACUACAGCUGAUGUUUUUUCAACUAUAUCCAUAAAUAAAACAAUCAGCGGCAAACUUGCUGCAUAUCCUAAUUGUAAACUUACGAGUUCUGUGGCGCGUAAAAUAUAUGUGGAAUCGUACGGUUUGAAUUAUUACGGUAAAUAUAAAGAUUUUACCGUUUUGGACCAAAGACACGCAUUGUCGUCUGCUGUCACUUAUCUUGGGGUUAAAAGCCCUGAUUCAAACUUUACAGAUGUUAUUGUGUACGCCUUUGAUUACUGUGGUAGAACGUGUAGACCAUUCUGUCUAGAUAGAUCUGUUAAUCCGCCGAAAUCAUCCCCUUGUUCGGGCGUUAUAAGAAUUACACCAGACGAACCUAAACUGUACGGAAAUAAUUAUGCAGACUCUGUGAACGGUGUAUGGACUGCUGAACAUCCGGAUGAUUUGCCGGUUGAUGCAUCAGACCCCGUUUUUAUAACAUUUUAUUGUGACUAUUCGGGGGUGUGGCCAUGGGAUGAGGACCUUCAAAGGAAAACACAUGGCCGAAGAAAUAGUCCCAAACAAAACUUGAAAUCGAAACCUGUUUUACGAGAAACUAGUAGUAUAAAUAGUGUUAUUAAACCAAAAAUGAAUGUUGUUAGAAAGAUAAAACCAGUGCGAAAAGGUGCAAAGAAAAUUAGAGCGAAAAUACAGAGCAAAUCUACCAGAAGAAUAACAAUUAUAAAAGUUCGGCCAAAGAGGCCACCAGCUACCACACCAAAGCCAGCAUUGAGACAUAUACCUAGUUUUAGGGUAAUAGAUUUGUCGUCUGCUACUAGCAGACCACCCAAAAGUCACAAACAAACAAAUCUUAAUAAACGUUUUGGCAAAACACGUGCGAUAUAUCCAAAAAGAAUGCCUUUGCCACAGAAAAGACUUUUUACACCUAGAAACAUCCAUCUUGAAUUCCAGAGACAAAAAGGGGCACCCAAAGGCAGAUUUCCCCCGAGAGAUAAUUGUCGGCUAAAUCCUGGCUGUUUCUUGUCCGUACCAUGUUCUCCGUGUCAGCAUAAAUCCAGACAACCAUGUCGAUCUCCAAGUCGCAUGAUUGCCAUCUGCGUCAAUGGAAUUUACAUGCUUGAACCUUUGUUCUUCAACUUUAUGGGAUAAAUUUGAAACAGUAUCUGUUUUAUCAUAUUGUUCGUGGUGUAAUACAAAGUAAUGUUGUACAAGUUCAAAAAAUGUUGCCGCAAUGAAAUUGUUAUCUGUUCUGUCAAUUUUGUUUAUCUUGCCUAAAUGAUAAGUUGGUUAUAUUUUAUCGUUAUAGAAAUAAAAUUGAAUUCGGCUUUCAAUUUAUGUAUA